AUGCGUAUACCAGGAGCACUGUUUGCGGCACGCGGUCGUGCGCCACAGAACGAGAAGGAGGUGCCGUUCCAGGAGAUAUUGCCACUGCGACUGAAAAACACAGUCAGUGGCAAGGCGGAUUCCGGUUCGGAUGUGGCAUGCCUGCAGGAGAUGGGCGUGCUCUUUGCCUGCCUUAAGGAUAACGAGUUCGUGGAGAAGUAUUGCAACAAGGAAAUCAAUCAGUUCCAGAAAUGCUACAAAUUCUACAUGGACCGCAAGUUCGAGGCUAAAAAGACCGUUAACCAGGGCGUCGUGCAACCCGGCAACAAUCUCAACUACAAACAGUUGAACAAAUACAUGAGACGUUUUCCAAAUCCAAAUUAGACUGGUUGACAUUCUAGAGUACCUUUUGCAUUGUUGAGCCACUUAAUAAAAUAUGUUUCUAUUUACAUAA